ACACAUAUUUAAGAUUUUGAUUAAUUUUUAAUUUUACGGCGUUUUGUGGUAUUUUAAAGUGUUGUAAGAAAUGAGUAAAUCAGGUGCACCUAUGACGCAGACAGGGCCGUCGGAGUCCAAACCGACAUCAACAGUCCCUGCAAAUUUAAAAUCAACAAAAGGCGCACGCACUUCAUCAUCGCUAUCAAAGACUUGGCAACCGUGCGAGAGUCCGAUGGGCGUUCGGCAGAAUCCGUGGACUCCAACCACUCGUCGAGGACCUAUCGCAGCUGAGGCCUCUAGCCCAGGCCCAGCAGUCGUAUCACUACCCUCGCUAAUAGGUAAACCACCGCAGGAAUCCCGCAGACCUCGCGCUCCAGCUUUCACCUUCGGCCAUAAGCUUGAUCCACCCGGCACCACCACCAGGGCUGGUCCUGGACCUGCCACAUACAACACAGAAGGAAUGACAGCUAAAGGUCGGUGGUACUUUGUAACUUCUUCCCACAAAAUCACAAAAGAUGUAUCUAUCGUCACAAUAUCCCAGUUUCGAGUAAAAUCGAUGCCAUUAAACCCAUAAAUGUUCGCGUGUCGAACGAAUAUUUUGCCCAAACUACUCACCAAAUCGCCUGCCUACGACAGUCACAAGAAUUGGGCGUCAAAGCGGUCGUUUUCAGUGCCUAUCAAAGAUGGCGAAUAUUAUUUUCAAUUUGGAUAGCUUAAAUAGAACUAUCAAAUAUAAUAGAAUUCGUAGACUGACUUAACUGUAACAUGUGAUGGUGAAGGUCGAAGUUUGACCGGUCGCGUGGCUCAUUAUAUUGAUUUUAAAUAGCUGGCCUCGCCUACAAGGUAGAUUCCACAUAUCCAGUGAAGCACAUCUUGCUUGGGGACUCGCAUAUGUAGCAAUCGAAUUACUCGUUCUUGCCUCGUAUAAUAGAAUCGUGGGUAGUUGUCUACAAUUGUCGUUUACUGGAUAAUUGCUUGAGUUGCCAGUGCUCGAGCAAAACCGUUUAUCUUCCUAUAGACAAUUAUACAGUCUGCCGCCCACGAUCUGAACGCAGUAUUUGGUUUGUUUGUCUUAACUUGAUCGCUUGCAAUCGUAUUUGUUUAUUAAGAUUCCCAACAUUUCAGGUCCAAGUUAUUACAAUGUAAGUGCUUAUGCACGUCGGUGAAAUGACCUCGUUUACUGCAAUAAAUUUUUCCAAUGUCUUCCAGAAAAUGUUUAGGGUUUUAUGAGUAGUGAUGAUUCCCUGACUCUGGCUCAUGCGUUUGACCGGUCAAAUCCGGAAGAUUCA